UAGGAGGAGGGAGAGCAGUAGGAGGAAGAGCUCACUAGCGAUUUUUUUUUUUUUAAUUCCACACAGCCUUGCCCGCUUUAUCGGAUUCGUCGAAGCUGACGAAAAGAUCUUGUCCAGGCGAGUUCAGCAAGCAAAGCACCUUGCCGACAUCCUUUAAUUGUAAGAUGGUGCGACUGCCCGAUGGCACCAUGUUGCAGACCGUCCCAAAACUCUUCUCUACCCCUGCCGUCUUCGCUGGAAAAAUUCCUGGCCAACACAUAAUAUGCAGAAUCCCGGAUUGUGGCAAAAACCUCUGUAAAAACGGCUGGUGUGAGGAGACUAUGGGAGGCUACAACUGUACCUGCUCAAGUGGGUUUCAAGGGAGACACUGCGAUGAAAUGAUCAUAGAGUCAACGAAGGAAGCAACGAAUAAGCCUACGACGAACCCUACGACUACGAUGACGGAACGCUCAGACACAACGACUUCCCAAACCAUCACUACCUUUGCGUGUGUAUCGAACCCCUGUCAACAUGGAGGAACCUGUGAGGAAACGGAUGAGGGAUUUAACUGCACUUGCCUGGAUGGCUACUGUGGAGACAGAUGCGAGUACGACUCCCUCGUCCAGUCCGUGAGACUAGUCGGUGGAAGUAAAAGUGAAGGAAGAGUAGUUAUCACAUCUCGUUCUCGCCCUACAACCUACAUGUUAAUCCAUCAAUUAAACUGGUCCAGGAACGCUUCACGGUUGGUCUGCAUUUAUCUAGGAUAUGAAGAUGUAUAUGCGACAGUGGGAGGAGAUCUCUUCGAGAUUAUUUCCUUAGAUAAUAAUUCUGAGGCUGUGACUGUGAGAUGCCCUGUUGAUGUGACUAACAUUACUGACUGCUGGUACGAAGAGAGGGCGGCGGUCAAUCCUAGGGAGGAGAGUAUAGCUGUUGUUUGCUGUACUGUGAACCUGUGUAGCACACCUCGAGGUAGCCCAGUCGGUCUAGAAAGCGGUUCUAGAAAGGUUCCCAACAGCGCUAUUUCAAUCUCGAGUAGGUAUAAUGAUACAUUGGGUGGACCAAACGCCCGUCUGAACAGUCCUUCUGCGUGGCUCCCCGAUGUUGCUGACGAAGACCCCUGGCUUCAGAUCGAAUUCGCUUCAGCUUUUGUCAUCACCGCCAUCAUGACGCAAGGCAGAGCAGAUAGUCCAGAACAGUGGGUGACAUCGUACAUAGUUUCAUCCAGUAUGGACGGAGCAUCUUGGACCUACUACCAGGAUAUCAACACCAACACGGUCAAGGUCUACACAGGAAACUAUGACCCAAAUAGUCUUGUGGUGCACACCAUCUGUAGGCCGAUCGAAUGCCGAUUUUUUCGUAUCCAUCCAAAGACGGCCCAUGUACACCGGGCCCUCAGGCUAGAACUCACUGGCUAUGGACCUCUCAAUGACUUAUUAGCUGCGAUGAACCAGGAAGAGGUUAGCUGUUCAUGUCCUAUCCGAGGGGAAGGAAUGGGAGUGGAAGAUGGACGAAUCCCAGACUCCAGUCUCACCUCCUCGUCCGAUUUUGAUUAUCUUCACACUGCAUCAGAUGGAAGAUUGAACGGCGGAGUUGCUGUACACGAAAAGACAGCAUGGCUUGCCAAGGAUAGUGACACGGAUAAAUGGGUCAAGAUAGAUCUUGGAAAGACCUCUACCGUCACUGGUGUUAUCGUACAAGGCAGAUGGGGGUGGGAACAAUGGAUUACUUCUGUCAAGGUAUCCUAUUCGCUGGAUGACGUGACAUGGCCUUAUGCUUUGGGACCACAAUGUGGUGAACAAAAAAUCUACGCAGCAAACUACGAUCGCAGCACUCCCGAGACCAUACUGUUCCCUCGACCAAUCACUGCUCGAUACGUCAGAAUACACCCACUCACGUGGAUUUGGCACCAGGGCAUGAGAUAUGAAAUUCUUGGCAUACCUGAAUAA